CGUGUCACAUGUAAUUUAAUCGCUCGACUCAUCUUGUCGACACUGGCGUUUUGUAAUGCGAGCUCAACAGGGCUACGUUUACUUGUCGGGAUACUCGAUACUGGAUGCUGGUAGAAACGCGCGGUACGGUAUACCGCAACACACACAACGACGCACGCGUGCGCACACGUACGCAACUCAUAUAGGUUCUUCGUCAGCAGCUAGCCGGCAGGACAUUCGAUUUCAGUCGAAAGCGAAAACCCGCUUAGCCCGUUUAGUCGUGUUGUCGCGGGGCACCGUUUUAUAGUGCGGCAUUCUUAUGGGUGCUCCUCCUCGUUUAAUCAUCGACUCGAGCUCGUCAUACUUGGGCCACUCGGAACAUUUGAGGUACUACGGGGCUUGGUCAAAUGUCGUUCGACUGUUGUGGUAGCGGCGUAGUCGCCGGCGAGACGUUCGCGGACGGCCUUGAGAACGUGUCAGGUAUUCUGCAAGCAGCCUACAAUAGUUUUCUCCACAACGUCGGACAUUUCACGUACGGGUCCUGUUGGCAGUUGCUCGUCGUUGCUGUUCUCCUAUUAAUGGCCUUAUGCACGGUAGGCCGUGUUCACGUCACGCCGUCUAGAGACGUCGGACUUGAAGAGUAGCGCAAUCUUACGGAGCAUGCGAGAGACUAUUUUUGUUUUGCUGCUUAAUCGCCGGUGUAAAUAAGUGCGGUUUCGGAGCGAUCGAAUAUAUAACACCGUGACUCGGGAGUGCGGGGUACAUUCGCGCGAUUUACUUUCGCCGUAUCGCAAUUCUCGACACGAUGUAAACAGUUUGGACGAAGGAAUGGCGUCGGUCUGACGGAGUUCUCGUGUCACGGUGCCUCUGGGUAUUAUCGUAUUUGGUUGAUGCGAUUCGAUUCGUGGCGCUCGAUUGGUCGAAGAUCGUACUUUAUUUGGUUAGUACGCGAGUGUGUAGUGUCGAACAGUGGGUAACUAUGGUGUGUCGUCUGCUAAUGUUGCUGACACGAACGUCGCCCGAGAGAAACAACGGCGUCGCGUGGAGGAGGAAUGAAUGAACGGGAAGAGGACGAUCGAGGCGUGGCGGGAGGGGAUGCGACGACCGUCGUGUUGUGACGGCCUGCUGCCUGCUUGCCGAUUUGUAUCGAGGCGGAGCGUCCGUCCCUCGUUGGAGACGAGCAAUGCGGUUGACCGUUCGAAUGAGAGUCGUUUGAGCGGUCGAGAGGAUCCUCCCACGAGGAAGAAUCCCGGCUAGAGGGUGCAAACGGGUGCUAGAAGAGGGUUAGGAAGAAGCGAGAGGAGGCAGUGGAGGAGAGCGCGGAUUGAUCGUCGAGGGAUAUAAUGGCGGGCGAGGACACGCAGAUCCUGGCGAACGGAAACGUGGAGGCGCUGACGAUAAUCCCGCCGAAGAUGGCGAAUGGGAAUGGGCUGAUCUGCGGGAAGCAGCACAACAACAACGGCUCGAUACCGAACGGCAAGCUGCACGAGAUCGCUGCUACGGAAAACGGCAAGCUAAUCAUGUCCGACGAGAAGUCUAGCAGUCUUCACACGGAGUUCGACGACGCCGACGUGUCUUGCGGCUGGGGCCCGUGCAGGCCACAUUGGCUUCAGUAUUUCGCCACGAAGCAGGCCUUCCUGGUCACCUUCUGCAUCACCUGGGUGCUUCAGGGAAUGUACUACACGUACUUCGUCUCGGUGAUCACGACGAUCGAGAAGCUGUUCCAGAUUCAGUCGAAGACCACCGGUAUCAUAAUGUCAGCGACGGAGAUCGGCCAGAUCGGUUCCUCUCUCCUGCUUACGUACUACGGGGGCCAAGGUCACCGGCCUAAGUGGAUCGCUUGGGGCAUGAUCCUGUUCGCGGUGAGCUCGUUCACCUGCUCGAUGCCCCAUUUCAUCUUCGGUGAACAGCUGAUCCAUCAGAACGAGAUGUUUUUCAGCGGUGUCGAGGGUGGCGAUCCGAACAACACCGACCCGAUUCCCGCGAACCUUUGCAAACUGCAGGAUCGAUCGGAGAACGCCACGCUCGACAGCUGGAACUCGUCCACGACGUCGGCCACGAUGAACAAGAUGAACUCCUGCGAGGGCGACUCGUUGACGAAGCAGAGGAUACAGAUCAAAAUAACGACGGUGGUCCUGGCUAUAUUUUUCGUCUCCCUGUUGGGCGUUGGAAUGGGUCAGACGGCCGUCUAUACCCUCGGUAUCCCUUACAUCGAUGACAAUGUGGCCAGCAGAGAAAGCCCGCUCUAUUUCGCGAUUACGAUCGGAGUGAGGAUCCUCGGGCCAGCCCUAGGCUUCAUUCUGGGCUCAUUGUGCACGAUGAUUUACGCGGAUUUGUCGGCGAAUCCGCAAAUCACGCCGACGGACCCGAGAUGGGUCGGAGCAUGGUGGCUUGGUUUGGUGCUAAUAUCCGCCAUGCUGAUGUUGGUCAGCAUAGGAAUGUUCGCGUUCCCGACGCGGUUGCCCGCGAGCAGAACACCGCCGAAACGGGCGGAUGCGAAAAAGCCUAGUCUCCGAGACUUCCCUAAAGCGGUGAAGAGGCUGUUGAAGAACGACAUUCUUAUGUUCCGGACGGCCAGCAGCGUGCUGCACAUCCUACCGAUCGCCGGCCUCUACACCUUCCUGCCAAAGUACCUCGAGAGCCAAUUUCGCUUGCCAGCUCAUCAUGCGAACAUGAUCUCAGGUGUCGGUGGUAUUUUAGUAAUGGGUCUGGGUAUUAUAAUUAGCGGAGUGUUUAUCCUGAGGGCAAAGCCUAACGCCAGGUUCGUCGCAGCCUGGAUCGCCUUCACAGCCGUAGUGUACGCGAUCGGCAUGGGUGUGCUGAUGUUCAUCGGUUGCCCGAUGGACGAUUUCGCUGGUCUCGUUUCGCAUUCCAACGGAUUGUCCAGCUUCGAGCCGACCUGCGAGGCUACCUGCGACUGCGUCCGGAAGAAGUUCAGUCCGAUCUGCGGUGUGGACGGCAAGACGUAUUUUUCCGCGUGUCACGCGGGCUGCUCCAAUUACACGGUGGUGGAUGGGAAGGUAGCCUCGUUUUACAACUGCCAGUGCAUCGGGUCGAACCUAACGACACCGGAAACGGCCAGCACCGCGACGAUCGGUUACUGCGAGCUCGAGUGCAGUAACUUUUGGGUUUAUAUGGUCCUGUUCUCGGUGUUCGUUUUCAUCCACUCGACCAGCGAGGUGGGUUCCAUGCUGUUGAUCCUACGGUGCGUGGAUCCACGGGACAAGGCGAUGGCUUUGGGGCUCAUACAAUUCGCCAUCGGCCUGUUCGGUAACGUCCCGUGUCCAAUCGUUUAUGGUGCUGUGGUGGACUCCGCUUGUCUCGUAUGGGAAUACUCUUGCGGCGAGCGAGGUGCCUGCUGGCUUUACGACUCGAAUGUCUUUAGAAUGUUCUAUCAUGGUACCACCGGCGGAAUCCUGAUUCUCGCGUUCGUGGUGGACAUAGUGGUGUGGUACAAGGCCGGGAGUAUCAACUUCGUGGAGGAGCAGGAAGCGGAAGAGGGCACCGUGGAAGAAAUGGCCACCCUGAAGUCGCAGGACGCGCAGGCGGUGGACAACGACUAUUUGUGAAAGGGUCCCGGCCGACUUCGAUGGUAUCUCAUGAAGCACAGGCCUGAAUCUAGCGUCGUAAACCGGGACAAAGCGUGACGAGGCGUUCCUAACUGACGAGAACUCGGUGCCAGUAGCACGCCGGAGGUUUAAGACCGGCGAUCGGUGUCGAUCUUCGUGUGUCACGUUCGCCGGCCGUUUUUCACGGGUUUCCGUUUUUUCGAAACCCACGGCCAGAGGCCCGGUUGCCCCUUUCACGACGCGAAGAAGGAGCGAGGUUCCAAGAGGGAACGACGACACUGGUGCUCGCGUCGAUCGCCUUUCGGAACUCGAACGGAGUCCAGGGAUCAGGGUGACGAGAAGGAACUGUUGAAGGAGGCGGUGCUAGGCCACGGAAAUGCCCGUAGUUUCCGAAGAGGCUGUGCCGAGGUUUCGAACAAGUGCAUCGGGUGAACGGAGAGAGAAAGAGAGAGAGAGAGAGAGCGAGAGAGAGGGAAGGUGGCGGGAAAAGAGGGAGAAGACGUGACGAUCGGUAAUCAACGACUUGAUUCUUUUUUUUUUCCGAGAGAGAGAGAAGGGGAGAGAGAGAGAGAGAGAGAGGGAGAGAGAGAGAGAGAGAGAGAGAGAAUCGUUCUCGGAGACGCGAAGACACGCCAUGUGGAAGAGGUCUUCCUGGUUAGCAUCGACGAACAACGAUUUGAAGUAGAAAUAAAGCGGUACGCGUGGUACCACGGAUAGGAGAAGAGGAAAUAUCGAGCUGAGAUGCGUCAGGUAGUAUACGAGACAUCUCGAUUUUCGUACGUGUCUGGGAAAAAGGGAAAGGGGUGAAGGAAAAUGCGAAAGAAUGAUCGAAACGCACCGUUCUCUCGGCACGCGAGAUUCUCGGAUCUUGGGCGAGCUUCUCUUAGGCACUACCGUCCGUGUUUCACUCUGCAAAUACACACCUAGGCGUAGGCAAACUGUACGUACAAGCGAUUUACGAUGUGUGCAUGUGUGUCGGUAAUAUUUGUCUGGAACGAAAUGCGCGAUAUAUCUCGUUGUUUGCUCGGAAAUAUGAAUAUCGAAUGAGAGAGAUCGUGGGGAUAUAAUAACGACGGAUGAAAAGGGGAGAGAGUCUGGGAGCGAAUGGGGAGAAUAAUAAGAAUACAUAGGACAUAUUUUUAGACGAUUUGACGAUGAAAAACCGGCGGGUUAAGAGAACAAAAAGUAACGUUAAUUAUUAAUAUUAAAGCGAUAGAAGAGGGGUACGUGAGACAGGGAGAAGAGCGACGACGCAAAAUAAAAGUAAAACGCGAGAGAAGAGAGAUAUAGGAGGGGAGAAAGAUGAAAUUAGCGGGAGAAAAUGUCGAAGAAUUAAGAGCUGUAUUUUAAUAUGAUACACUUUACACACUCGUGAGACAUUCGUCGAUGUAUGCGCGUCUGUCGCCUGUGCUUUUUAGUGCUUUGGACGUUCAUCGUUUUUCAAUCCUGUUGGGCGGUUAGCCUGAUCGUUUGUUAACCCUUUGCGCGUGUAAUGUUUCCCGUGGCAGGCUCUGUUCCAUCGAAUCUCGAAAUAUAGACGAUAGCGUUGUUCCUCUUUCUCCAUUUAUUCGGACUCUGCUUGAUUUACAAUCAAACUCGUAGUAGAAAUAGAAUCGGUUCUCGAAAUUCGCGAGUAACUGCGAUAAAUUCUUGACAGAACUUGGCGAUCAAAGGAUUAGUCGAACGAUCAGCUUAUCGAAUAGGUCUGUGUCUCGUGUAAGGCAGCGAACGAAGCGAGGAAACGAAGAGAAUUGUUCCAGAGGAAAGUAGCGAGAGAGAGGGAGAAAUUAGAAACGCGCGUUUAGGGUACGCAUUAGCCGCUACGAAGUUUGCGAAUUAUUCGAUUCAGGGGCAUUGCUAAUAUAUUACAUCGUUUUGCGUUUGCUUCGAAGAACAUUUGGCUGAGAGCCGAAGCCAGUCGAUAUGACGAAGAACUAGCGAAAUGGAGGCGAAAGGGAAAUCGAGAUUACGAUAUUGGACGAAAAAUUAGGCGAUUUUACGACUCCGCGUCGGACGACGGAUUGUUUAAUCUCGUCGAAAGUGAUGAGAGCGAGGAAGGGGAAUUAUAUUUUUGGAGAACUUUAUGUUUGAACGAUUCUGUGUAUUUUUCCAUUGAUCCCCGUGAUCGGAAAAUUGCUUCUAAAACGAGCGUGAAAGAAAAUGCAGAAGACGUGAAUCGUCGCGUGCUGAUAAGAGACGAUGAUUCGUAAUUUAUUCGACUGAAUCUAAUUAUGGUUUUCCUCCAUCUUUGUAUUCUACGUUCCGGACGAUGUACACCUCUCGCAUCGAGUACGUUGUUCGUGCUUCGGUAGAAAAUUUCUUUGCGAAAUCACUAAACGAAUUAUACAAUAGAAACACAGACAGCCAAUUGCUUCUUCGAAACUCUAAAACAAAAAAGAUAUAGAUAUGUAUAUAUAUAUAUA